AUGGCGACCGAACCUGUUGUGAAGGAGCAUCGAAGCAAAUUCAACGUUUUUAUCAUCCUCCUUGCUACAUUAGGUAGCAUUUCUUACGGUUAUUCAUCGUGUAUUAUCGCGACGACCCUCGGCCAGCCAAGCUUCAUAACAUAUAUGAAGCUUGAUCUCUAUUCGAACGCGGUACAGCUGAUAGGGGCUAUCAAUGGUUUGUAUCAGGCAGGAGGACUGUUGGGAACGCUUUACGUCGGUCUGACAGGUGAUCGAUUGGGCCGCAGAUGGGCUAUUUUCUCGGCUUCGGCAAUCACUGUUGUUGGUGGUGCCCUCCAAACUGGGUCGGUUCAUGUCGGAAUGUUCAUGGCUGCUCGAUUCAUUACGGGGUUGGGUAUUGGAGCACUCGUCACUCUUAUCCCACUGUGGCAGAGCGAGGUGGCUCCACCUAGAACCCGUGGCUUUCUUGUUGGCCUUCAUGGUGUCUUCAUCUUGGUAGGCUACAGUUCUGCCAGCUGGGUUGGUGUCGGUUUCUACUUUGUGAACGCCGAGGGGUCUCAGUUUCGACCUCCUCUCGCUCUGCAAAUAUUGCCCCCUUUGCUCCUUGCAUGCGCCAUAUUGUAUAUGCCAGAGUCGCCCCGUUGGUUGAUGGAGAGAGAUCGUGGUGAGGAAUGCCUCGCCAUCCUUCGGAAAAUCCAUGCCGAUGCCUCUGACCCUCAUGGGGAAUUCGCUCAACGGGAGUAUAACCAAAUUAGGCAGCAAAUCACUUACGAGAAAGCCCUUCCCACCUCAUGGGGUUCGAUUCUCGAGAUUCCAUCCUAUCGCAAGCGUUUGUUUGUCGGCUUCGGCUGCAUGUUCUUCGCGCAGUGCACGGGCACGCAGGUUAUUAACAACUAUGGCCCUCUGUUGUACAAGAACCUGGGUUUCAGCACUGCAAACGCAUUGAUCAUCCAAGCCGGCUGGAUCACCUGGGGCAUCAUAGGCAACUUCAUCAACGCGGUAUUGUUGGACAGGGUUGGACGAAAGUGGCUCAUGAGUACGGUUUCCUCGAAAAUCCUCAUGGCUCGUGGCGAUACUGACAUGACUGGUGGCAUGGUCGGAUGCGCGGUUUCACUUCUGCUGGAAAUUAUCAUGCUUGCGCUUUACCAAGAUACUGGCGACCGUGCAGGGAAUAGCGCUGCUGUCUUCUUUUUGUUCCUUCACAUCGGCUUCUACGCUUCUUCUCUCGACGCUUCUACAUAUGUAUACGCUUCCGAGAUUUGGCCAACGCACUUGAGAGCUCGUGGCUGUGCCAUCUCCGUCUCUGGUUUGUUCGUGUCUUCUCUGAUUCUACUCUGCGCAGCAUCAGACGCCUUUGCAGCCAUUGGCUGGAGGUACUACCUGGUUUUCUUAAGUAUGACGGUUAUUGGUGCUGUAUUCUUUGCGCUGGUGUUCCCUGAAACAAGACACAAGCCCCUCGAGGAGAUUGCUGCCGCCUUCGGCGAUGAGGUUGUUGACUAUUCCCUCGAGGCGUCUACUGACAAGGAUGCCGAGCUUAGUGAGGGGAUACACCCUGUGCCUGUUCGAGGCUACAAGGCUGAGAUCAUCAAAGUGUGA